AUGCAAGCUACAUCUCCGCCCGCACAGGUGAAGCGUGACUUUCUGGAGACCCUAGAGAACAACACCAAGCUAUCAGCAGGUAUCUGCACCAAGAUCCUCGAGCGUGUCAUUCCACAGAACCUCGAGUCUAUGGCAACCGAACUGGCUGGAAGAACACGAGAGGAGUUCUCUGAUGGUUUGGUGCGUCUGGUGACGCAGUACAAGUCGGACCUUCGGAGUGCUCUCGACGAGUACGCGCAGCAAAGCAGCGGACCGGCAGUGGGUUUUUGUCUCGAGCAGGCCCUGUUGCAGUCUGUAGGUGGAUCCAUUCAGAAGUGGAGCGCGAUGGUGCUUGAACAGUACAAGACACACAUGCGGAGCUGGAAGGACGAGAAGGAGACACUGGCUCGUGAGUACGAGCUUUCCAAGGUGCAGGAUGCAGAAACGACCGCGUCUGCGAACGACCAGAAGCAUUUGUAUGAAUCGAAACUGGCACAGGCUACUGAGCAACUCUCUGAACUGCGUCGAACGCUCCACAGCGAGCUUAACCAAAAGAAGAGUGAGCUGGAACGACUUAAGACUGAGAUUGCGACCAUGAAUUUGAAGCACGAAGUACGUGUGCAGAACGCCGAGAGCGACCUUGCGUGGGCUCGCAGUCGGACAGAGGAGCUGGAGAAGUCCAUCGUUGCAGACCGUCAACGCAAAGAAGAGAUUUCAGCUGCCGCCUCGCAAGUUCUGGAACGACAGCGCAGUUUUCACAAGGAAGAGCGAUUGCUGCUGGUUGAGCAGAAAGAGUUGAUGGCUCAGAUUGUUCAAUUGGAGCGCGAGCUCGUGCACAAGAAGACGAAUCACGUCCAGAAGGUCUUUGGUCUGCAGAACGAACACGCCAAGAAGGUGGAUCGUAUGCGGACGGAGCAGGCCAACUUCGAGCGCCAGUUGAAAUCUCAGGCGAGAAAAGACAAGAACUCGCUCAAACUGGCGCAUGAAAAGGAGAAGAAAUCUAAACUCGCGGAGUGCGCAGCGUUGGACAAAGAGACGGCAGAUAUUCAGGGGAAGUUGGCCGUGUUUGAGGCUGAAGACGAGGCGGCCAGGUCUUCCGCCGCUGCUAAUCGAGAUUUUUUCAAGUCGAUGCCAAUGAUUUCGCUUCCGCUGAUGCAAGCUCCUGCCCCCGCUGCAGGUGAACACCAACCAGCAGGGCGAUCCAUGAAAGCUUUGACGCCGAAAGACUACACGACUCCCAUCCGAUUUGGCUCGUUAGAUGACACGUCCACAAGCUCUGCGAGUCCAACCACCAGGACUGAAGCUCCACAGAGCAACGAUAUGUGUAAGCAAUCCUGA